UCGCAGAGUUAACUUGAGUAAAUGCCACGUCUUCUCCCGGUUAGCAUCGACGUACACGGAGAUAUCGGCGGGUUACCGGACAUAUCGCACACAGGACGGAGAGUUAUCCAGCGGCCCGACAGGCACUGAUACCUGACACAACCCGGGACACUAUGGGCUGUGUACGUCUGCUGGCACUGACGGCGGUCACAUCUGCACUACUCCUGUUAGUCCCCCGCUCCACCGUCGCUCACAGCCACUCCCACGGCGACCAUGGACACGGACACGGACACGGUCACCACGGACACGGUCACCACGGCCACCAUCACCACGGCCACUCCCACGGAGAAGACGACCCCCACGGAGAAGGCCAGCAGGUGAAGAUGUUCCACGGAGCGAGCAAGUGGAGCGCCGAGGCCAACCUCCCUGCACAGGAGGAGGAGGAGCACGGACACGGGCACGACCACGGGCACGCUCACGACCACGGGCACGCCCACGACCACAGGCACGCCCACGACCACGGGCACGCCCACGACCACGGGCACGCUCACGACCACGGGCACGACCACGGGCACGCCCACGCUCAUCAGGAGGACGUUGUUCGGGUGCACAAGGAGGAGAGUGGACACGGACACUCUCACGGAGCGGAGAGGGUGAAGAGGGACGUGGUGGAGCUCUGGACGCAGGCUAUCGGAGCGACGCUGCUGAUCAGUGCGGCUCCUUUCCUCAUCCUGUUUCUGAUCCCGGUUCAGUCCAACAGCGACCAGCACCAGAACCUGCUCAAGGUCCUGCUCAGCUUCGCCUCCGGUGGACUGCUGGGCGACGCCUUCCUCCACCUCAUACCACACGCUUUGGAGCCGCACUCUCACCAUGGCGACGAUCACGGACACUCCCACGAAAGUGAGGAGUCACAUGAGCACGGUCACUCCCACGGAGCUGCCCACGGUCACAUGAUGUCAGUGGGUCUGUGGGUCCUCGGCGGGAUCAUCGCCUUCCUGGUUGUAGAGAAAUUUGUGCGUCUGCUGAAGGGCGGGCACGGACACGGACACUCCCACGGACACUCACAUGACGCUCCCAAGGAAAAGGACAGUGAUGGAGAAGAAGAGAAGGAAAAGAAGAAGAAAGAGGAGAAAGGAAGCAAAGACGAGAAGGUGCCAAAGAAAGAGGAGAAGAAGAGCACAGACAUCAAGGUGUCGGGUUACCUGAAUCUGGCUGCUGACUUCACUCAUAAUUUUACUGACGGCCUGGCAAUCGGAGCGUCGUUCCUGGUUGGUCCAACAGUUGGCGCCGUCACCACCGUCACCAUCCUGCUGCACGAGGUCCCACACGAGAUCGGAGACUUUGCCAUCCUUGUGCAGUCUGGCUGCACCAAAAAAAAGGCCAUGUGUCUACAGCUGCUGACAGCCCUGGGAGCUCUGGCGGGCACAGCUUGCUCCCUAUUGGCCGAGGGCGUGGGCGCCGCGGCGACCGCCUGGAUCCUGCCUUUCACAGCCGGCGGGUUCGUUUACAUCGCCACAGUGACCGUGCUCCCAGAACUGCUGGCGGGCCGCUGCAGUUUCGGCCAGUCUCUAAUGGAGAUCCUGGCGCUGCUGUUCGGAGUGGGCAUGAUGGUGCUGAUCGCCGAGUACGAGUGAGACGCAGCAGAGCGGACAGAAGCUCCUUACAGAGUGAGACAGGCAGGGAAAAGGUCAAAAAGGUUGUAGGUAGAGUUCAAGUGGAUUAUUAUUGGUCAGGGGUGUGUUUUCUUGUUUUUUUUAUUAAUUCUGUUUUGGGACAAAC